GCGCCCGCGGGGGGGAGGUGCCGCGAGGGGCCUCAUGGGAGUUGUAGGCGGCGGGCGCCUCCCCGCGACAUGGCCGCCGCGCAGAGUUGCAGGUGUCACAGAUAAGAAUAGUCUUCAUCAGCCCAAGAGUCAUCAAGGAUAUGAACUCUACUGUUUCUAUCUAGAUGGAUGAAAAGGUUAACAGCCCAGAGGAGGAACUCCUUUGGUUUUCAAGAUGGCAGCAACAAGUGGCGAAAGCCAGCUACAGCGGAUUAUCAGGGACUUGCAAGAUGCUGUGACUGAAUUAAGCAAAGAAUUUAAAGAAGGAGGGGAACCGAUCACAGAUGACAGUGUCAGCUUGCAAAAAUUCUCCUACAAGCUUGAGUACCUUCUACAGUUUGAUCAGAAAGAAAAAAACACAUUGCUGGGAAAUAGAAAAGACUACUGGGAUUAUUUUUGUGACUGUCUGGCAAAGGUCAAAGGAGCUAAUGAUGGAAUCCGCUUUGUUAAGUCUAUAACAGAACUACGAACAUCUCUUGGGAGAGGAAGAGCGUUUCUUCGUUACUCCUUGGUUCACCAAAGACUAGCAGACACCUUGCAGCAAUGUUUUAUGAACACCAAAGUGACCAGUGACUGGUACUAUGCAAGAAGUCCAUUUCUGAAUUCCAAAAUGAGUUCUGACAUUGUGGGUCAACUCUAUGACCUCACUGAUGUUCAGUUUGACCUGGCAUCAAGAGGCUACGAUUUAGAUGCUGCAUGGCCAACAUUUGCCAGGAGAACACUAUCCUCCCUUGGAUCUUCAGCGUAUUUAUGGAAGCCCCCAAGUCGCAGUUCCAGCAUGAGCAGUUUAGUGAGCAACUAUUUGCAGGCCCAAGAGUUUCCCUCCAGCCCUGAUGCCAAUAACUCACUAAAUGUUGAACACAUUGAGGGCUUUGAAGAGAUGCGUUUAGAACUUGACCAAGCUGAGCUGAGACAGAGAGAGCUUCAGGAUCAAAUUCACCAGCUACAGAUGGAAAACCAGGAGCUCCAGGCAGCCAUCAGCCUUCAGAAAGAACAAGUACAUGUAGAAAAAGAGAAGAGCAGUAACUACAGUGAGGAGAACUCCCGGCUGACAAAGAUGAUCACAGAGUUGCAGAAGCAGUGUGAGGUCUCCCAUUCCACUCAGAGCACUGUUCAUGAUCUGCAGAAGUGCCUGCAGUCACUGGAACUGAAUGCAGUGGAGCAGCAGAAAGAAUACUCAACAAAGCUGGAGCAGCUGGAGACCAGCAAGGAGAACUGUGCUUCAAAAUUGCAGCUGUUGAAUCAGGAGCUGGAGGCCUCUAGGGCUUUGAUCACUGUGAAGGAUUUUUGCAUUGAUGAACUCAAGGCCAAGCUGAGUUCAGUGGAACAGAAGAACAUGGAGCUCCUGGCAAAAGUUGAUGCCGCCUUGGAGGAAAAAGGACAGCAAGCCACAGCCCACUGUGAUUCUGCCAUACAGAUACAAGGACUGUUGGAGAAGCUUCAGGAGAAAGACAAGGAAAACGCAGACAUGCAAAGACUCAAUGAUGAACAUGCAUCUCAGCUAAAAGCAGCAAGGGAGGAGCUGCGGUUGAAAGAAGAGGUGCAGAAGGAACUGGAAUCCCGAUACAAUCACCUCACUGCUGACUCUAGGGAAGAGAGUGAAAAGCUGCUUGGGAGCCUGGAAACCAUGGCAAAGGAAAUGGAAGCACUUCAGAAGGCCCUAACCCUGAAAGGGAAGGAGGUGGCUGAGUUCCAGACCCAGGUAAUGGGGUUGCUGGCUCAGGUGGGGUCACUGGAAAAAAAUCUUGAGGAGGCAAGGAAAGAAAAAGAGGAACUUGUGGAGGAGUACAAUAGGAGGGAAGGAGCACUGAAGCACAAAGCCCAGUCUCUGGCAGAGCAACUUGAACUACGGGAAGGUCGCUUAACAAAGGUGAGUCAUACUGUGCAUAGCCUUGAGGAACAAAACCAGAAAAUCUCAUCUGAAAAAGAGUGCCUCAGCCAGAAAGUCAAGCAGUUGGAGGAGCAGAUGGAGCAGCAAAACUCUGCAGUGAGUGAAAAGGAUGAGGAGAACUGUAAGCUGAAAUCAGAGAAUGCAGAUUUGCAGCAGGCCAAGAAGAAGGUGGAAGAGAAGCUGAAAAAUGUGGAAGAGUCUAAAGCCUCCCUGGAAGCUGAGGUGGCCAGGCUGAGAGCCUCUGAGAAACAGCUUCAGAGUGAGAUAGAUGAUGCCUUGGUGUCAGUCGAUGAAAAAGAGAAGAAGCUCCGAGGCCAGAACAAACAGCUGGAUGAAGACUUGCAGAAUGCCAGGAGGCAAAGCCAAUUUCUGGAGGAGAGGUUAGACACUCUACAUUCAGACUACAAAGAACUGAAGCAAAGAGAAGAGGCAACCAAGGAGUCUUGUGCUCUUCUUGAAGGCCAGCUGAAGAGUGCCAAACGGUAUAGUUUACAAAUGGAAAAGAGCUUGGGCUCCUUGAAGGAAAGUGAAGAGUCUCUCCAGUCACAGCUCAGAGAGAAGGAGACAGAAAUGCAAGGCAUGGAGAGCCAGUAUGAGCAACUAAGAGCAGAAGCUGAAAGACACAGGAAGAAGGCAGAUAUUCUUGAGGUGGAAAAGCUUAGCAUAGAAAAGACGUGUCUUCACCAGACAAAGCUGAUUGAAUCCCUCACAGCAGAGAAGAAAUCAGUGGAAAAACAGCAGCUACAGCAGACAGCUUCUCUGGAGAAAGAGGCAAAGGAGCUAGCCUCCAGGCUGAUGGUGAGUGAAGAGCAGCUGCAGAUCAGCCGAGGUGAAGUGUCUAGGCUGCAGGCAGAAGUCCUCGACCUGCGAGUCAAGCUUCAACAGACCACUGUUGAGAAAGAACAGAUGAGAGGUGAGCUGGCAGUCACAGAGACUGUCUUGGGGGAACAGAAGGUGCUUGUCCAACAACUGAAAGAGGAAAGUGAGUCACUUAACAGAAAUCAUGUGCAAGAAUUGAUGCAGUGUAAAGAGAGAGAAGAAGUGCUGAAAAAAGAGCAGGAGAGGACGGUUCAUCAAAAAGCUGAGCUGGAAAAUGAUUUGCUGAACCUAAAGGAAGAGCUGUCUGAAGUUAAGCAGUACUUGGAAGCUGUUAAAAUGGAAAAUGAAGAAAACAAAGAUCUCCUCCACAGGACCAACACAGAUAUGGCUGAACUUGGUAUUCAGAUUUGUGCCGUGACCGCUGAAAAGAUGAAUACGGAAGAGAAGUUAGCCAAGGCCACAGGGAGGCUCAAAGAACUGGAAGAGCAGACUGCAGAGGAACAGGAUAGGCUGAAGCUUGACAUCUCUACUCUCAGGCAGGAGAACAAGAGCUUGCAAGAGAAGUUGGAAGAAGCUCAGAUAUGUGCUGCAGCUGUCCCAAGUCUGCAAACGCAGCUGGAGACAGCAAAGAAACAGGCACAGAGCUUCCAAGAGAGCAGCCAAGAAGAGCUGUCCACAAUAAAAUUUCAAAUGAGCACAGAGAUUCUAAAUUAUCAGACAAAAUACAAGGCUGUCAUUGAGGAGUGUGGGAAAGUACGAGAGCAACUUGAGGAGCAGAAGCGACAACGGUGUGCUGCGGAGGAAGAGAUUGCAGAGUUACAAGCUGCAAACACAAGUUUGUCUAGCAAGCUGGAUGAGGCAAGAGAGCAGCUGGCUGAAUCCGAAUCUGCUCGGCUGCAGAAGGAAGAGGAGGUGAUGUCUCUGAAAGGACUUUUAGAAAGGACCGAAAAGGAAGCCAAUGAAGCAAAAGAGCAAGCCCUCGAAUACAGUGAGAAGCUCAGCAAGGUGGUAGCAGACAAAGAUAGCAGCGACCAGAAGUUGUUUGCCGAGCUGGAUGACCUGAUGAGAACAAAACAGUUCCUUGAAGAACGUUUGAUAGAACUUAUCAGAGAUAAGGAUGCCCUGUGGCAAAAAUCAGAUGCUCUUGAAUUCCAGCAGAAGCUUAGUGCAGAGCAGAAAUGGCAGGGGGACACAGAGGUUAACCAUUGCCUGGACUGCCAGAGAGAGUUUUCAUGGAUGGUGCGCCGACACCACUGCAGAAUGUGUGGUCGCAUUUUCUGCUAUUACUGCUGCAACAACUACAUGGUGACAAGGCAUGGCGGGAAGAAGGAGCGUUGCUGCAGAGCUUGCUUUAAUAAGCCCAGAGUGAUCGUGGACUAUACAGAUGACUCUGGGUCCAGUGCAAACCAGGAAGGAUCACCAGCUUCAUUGGAAUCACCAGUGUCACCAACAGAGGCAGCUUUUGUCGCAAGCGAAGCCUCUAAACCACCAGAUGAUGCAGCAUAUGAUAUAAUCACUGAUGAGGAGUUGUGCCAAGUACAGGAAUCAGACUUGCUCUACAGUGAAAGUCAGAUGGAAGGAGGGUCUCUGGAUCAAAGUGUGACAGAUCUAGAUUGUGUAACGUACUACUUCUUUGAGUUAAUGACUUAGGAGACUUCAUGCUGUCUGCAGAGGGGACAUCAGAGGAGAACUGGCUCUGGACCCUACAACAGGAGAGAAGAAUGUUUGUCUGUGACUAAGUUUUUGAGGAUUUUUUUUAGAAUUGGGCUGUAUUCAUCUUGUCCCACAAAGUAUUCAGGCUGAAAGGAAGGAUUGCCACUAACACUGGAAGACUGCUCUUGAAAGGCUCCCCCCGACAUCUUACUUGCACUGUGCAAACUUAAAGGUUAUCUAUCUCCAAUAGUUCACAAUAUAUAAGCAGGAAAGCCAGAAAAUAAGUGUUGUAUUUGGUUGUUUUACCCAUUGUUGCUCUUGAUUUUUUCGUAUUGCAAGUGGAUCCUGAGGGGGUCCUAGUAUAGUCAUCCUUUGGGCUUGGGACAUACUUUGCUGAGAAUGCAAAGUGUACCUGCCCUCUGCCAUGGCAGUUGUGAGGUUUGGAAGGUCUCAUUAGCUCAAACACUAACCUACCAUGAGAAUGGCCUUCUUGCUGUGUGGAUGACUUGAGCAUCUGGUGGUGAUUGCAUGGUUCUGUGAUAUGAGAGAGAUGCUGGAAUUGAUACGUGAGUCAGAUGAUGGUGUGACACCUGUGGUAUGUGCUUAAGAAAAAAAGCCGCAAGCAGCAUUGUCUAUUACAGGACUGAUGUUUUCACACUUUAUUCGGUGGUGGUGAGUGUAUGUGUACCCAAAGCCUGAGCGUGGCUCAGUAUAUGGGCAGGUAUGCAGCGUGUGAUACCAUGGGUAUUUUAGGGUAAGCAUGCCAGAGCCACUGUACUGGGUCGGAGCAAAGGUUCAGCUAACUCCCUGUACUGUCCUUGACCGCAGCCCGUAACAUACGUGCUGAUAAUUUGCCAGUGUGUUCUCCCGUCUUCCAAGGAUCUUGGAAGUACAGGGACUUUCUGAGCUACUGGUUUUGGUUCUGCAAAUUUCUUGGCUGUACCAGACUGGCAGGCCACCUUGACUUCAUGUGGACCUUUGAUCUUUUUUUGGAUAGUAUCCAGCUAAAUGUGGCCUGAUGCUGGUUUGGAGACGUGAGGUAGUCUUGAAGUACAAGUAAUAAACCACUGUCAUUCCAAUAAUGUUCUCUUUGAAAGAAAUUCAGUGUAUGGGGUGGAAUUUGCUUUGAGAUUGUGCCUGGGAAAGACAAAAAGGAUCCAAGAUUGUGCUUGCUGGAUGCAUGUUUGAGGAUUGCGUAGGAAUAAAUAAGUUAGCAGUUACUUCUUAAUUGGGAUUCUGCUGAAAACAAUCCAAGCUAUCCUUUUUUGACAGUGAUUUGAACUAGCUGGUGCAACUCUGAAAGGGAGGAAGUGGCCAAGAGAGGUGAGAGAAGGAAGGUUGGCCACUCCAGAUUGAAGCCAUGAGAAGGCCUACCAUAGGCAUCCUCUUUUGACAGAAUUUCUUAUGGCCUUACUCUGGCUGAGUGCGUGGGUGAGGUUGUGGCACUGGCCUUACCUUAUUCUGGGUGUGAGUCCUAGCUGGACUGGAAAUGGGAGCUGAUACUCAAAGUGAUGAAUUUCUUCACUGACAUUCUGCUUUCUGUCUGUCUGUCUGUAAAUGAUUACUGUAGCAUUAGUUCAUAAUAGCAAAUUUUGAGAGACUGCCUUUAUUGGUACAAGUCAGUUCAGAAUCAAGUAAAACUCAUCUUGGUCAUGAGCUACACAGAUGUGUGGGAAGGUGAGCAGUAUGCGGUGCCUGCAUUACCCUGACUGACACUAAAGCAGCUCUUUCCCUUGGGUUAGGAGUAAGCAACAGUCUCUCUGUGCUCUCAGUUCUGUGAUGCGAAUUUGGAGCAACCUGGUUGAAAUCUUAAUGUGAGAAGGUGAGAUAAUCUUUUUCUAUUGUGGUUGUAUCACACUACUUCAAGGCUGGUGGAUUCUCUUUUCUGGUGUUAUGUUUUUAAACUGCUUUUAUUUCUAGUGUGUUCACAUUUUCAGAUGGUUUUCUAAAGCAAAGGCCGGGAUACUGUUUAGCACUGUGUCAAAGUCCCUGGAGUAGACCAAUACACUGUGUUUCUGUUUCAACAUAUUGUAGAAAUAACAUGCCUGGAAUAAGUGCUGCAGCAACAGAAUCAAGAUCAUAGGUAGCAGAAGUGUUAAAAAAAAAAAAAUCACCCACCUCACUCCCCGUUUUAUGGGGAGCAAAGAGUUUGUCUACACUGCGAUUUUAUGGGGAGCAAAGAGUUAGUCUACACUGCGAUUGCUUUGGUUUGGGUUCUUUUUUCCCUAAUGACUCAUGAUGUUCUGUCCUGACCUAAUUACAACUCACAAAGCCAGGCUAGUUUUCAGCAUAGCCCAAAGGGCAAACUGCAUAGCAAUACGCUGCGUAUGAUCUGAGGCAUUUGCUGCCCUGGGCAGAACCAACUGAGGAGAAGAGUGGGGAUAGAAGCACCUCUUGGCACCUUCCCCUGGCAAAACCUACCUCUUGGCUAUGUGCUGAGAUAGCAGUUUUACUUGCCACACAAGCACGAAGGUAAAGUGCAUCCUUUCCUAGUUUUGUUUUUAAGGCUGUUGCAUCAUUUCAUUACAGGAGAAACCAGAGCGGUUGUGUAGUAAAGGGAGGAUUGCCUAAGCAGCUGUUUUCUAAUGGAAAAAAGUGACAUUGGCACAAUGGUGACAAUAGGGUCAGGUGCCACUGAGUGGGAGAGAUCUGGUAGGAAGGGCUGAGUGUUAGUAGGAAGAAAAGGAACAUACAGAGUGACAACAGUUACUGCUAAAGUGAUUUGAACAGGUCAGAAUCAGUGUUUCAAAGCUGCAAUGCAAAGGACUUCCAGCCUGUGGGCCGAACCCUAGCUAACUUCAUCAUAGGCAAGCAGGUAAAGCCCUUCCCCUGCUCCUCUCCAACCUCCCUCCUUCUUUCCUUUCCCCAUUCCAGUCUCUGCCUGUGCUCUGUUUCUCUCUGCAACAACUUUUGCAUGCUUUCUGCCUCACUCUGCGCUGCUCCCUGCCCACCUUUUUGCCUUCCGCUGGCAAGUGGAAAGGCCCAGUGUGGAAAGCAGUGGGGGACACAGGGAAGGAGAGCAGUGGAAGGAUCCAUGAUUUCAUGGCAUUGCGAACCUGUCUGUCAAGGGGAGUGCCAGGAAUAAGGACUGGAAUACUUUAAUGCUGCAAAGACUGUGUAGGAGGUAGGGUGAGAGAGUUCAAGUUUCAGGAAAUAAGGCUGAGUGUGGAGAACCAGGUGUGGUGUAUCUCUUGUGCUAAAAUAAAGUCUAGUCAUCUGGCAACAUGGGCUCCAUUUUCCAAGGUGAGAUAUACAGAUGUGUAUGGGAGAUUGAGUCCACAGACCUGAUGUUUAAUGGGGGAAGACAGAUGAAUAUGCUGCUUUAUUACAGAAAUUUUACACCACCACUAAAGAAGCAGAAGGGGUGUGGAGGCCUUCUCCCAGCAUGGAAAAAUACAAAAAGAAAAAAAACAAACAUGAAGCCCAGAUUGAAAUUUGUACGUUUUUAAUCCAAGAAUUCUCAUCAAAUAAAUGAGCUGAACUAAAAUCUGUAAUGUCUUUUAAACAAAACUCAUAAAUGCUUUUGCUAACAAACACUUCUCAUGGAAAACCACCAGGCCAGAGGUUUGAUUAAGUGUCUCCAGCCUCUCUGGAGUCAUGAGGUCCAAGUCAGCUUUAUGUCAUGAAGAACGGAGUUUUGUGGUGUUGUUGUCUAUACCUGUUGAAGAACUUCUGCACAGUUAACUCAGUUACCAGCUUUGUCUUAGGAUCAGCUCUGGAUCCUAGGAAAAGUUGGAAACACUGAAGUGUUAUGAUUAAGAUACAUUGCCCUGAAACAGAGCAUGUGUCUUUACUAAUGGGACUCUGUGUCCCCUUUCAUGAGUGCUAGCUAUCUCAGUAUUAAAAGAAAAAAAAGAAGCUACAAAUAGUUGCCAGUUUCUUUAGGUGGUUUUAUAGCGGAUACAUGCUUGUUGCAUCUGCAUUAUUUGAGGCAGUAAAAGUUUUUGAGCCUUCAUCUUCAGUGGUUUGCCCCUGUCUAACAGUAACUUGCCAUUUGACGCAUUUUGACUUUUUCAUAAUUUUCUGGAAAUUCUUCCUGAAUUUCACCCCAAUGAAGAAAUACAGGACAGGGUUGAGGCAGGCAUGGAAAUAAGCAAAAGCUUCUGUUAUGACGAUUGCAUAUUCAAAGUUGCGGUUCAAGUUAAAGCUCCACUCUGUGAUCUUUAUCAGUCUCAAGAAAGUAUAGGGUGACUGAGUAAGAAUGAAUGUGGCAACUACAGAAAAUAUUGUUUUCAGAGAUUUGUGCUUCUGAAAACUCCUGGCAUGCAGUAAUGUUUUAAUGAUUAGUGAGUAGCAGAUGGUCAUGGUUAGCAUGGGGAUAAAAUAGCCAAGGACCACUUGGAUUACCUCAAGAACAAAUUCUGUGCGAUGGUUUGGGUAUUUUUCCUGACAUAUUGCCUUAUCAAUACGAAAUGCCUCACUAAAAAUAAACUGUGGUGUGGCAAAGGCUAGUGAAAUCACCCAGAUCAAGAUGCAGAUUAAUUUGCCCCAUGUCAUUCGUUUGCUUUGACACCUGUGUGCUGUGGUGGCAAAAGUAAUAGCAAUAAGCCGAUCGAAGGUUAUACAGGUUAGAGUUAACAUUGACGUGUACACAUUCAGAGUAUACAAGCCCCGGAUAAUACGACAUGCCGCAGUGCCAAAAGUCCACUCCUGAGCAGCAGAAUGUGCCCAGAAUGGCAGGGUCCAAAGAAAGACCCAGUCAGCUAUAGCCAAGUUCAGCAAAAAUACAUCUGUCAGUGUCUUCAGUUUCUCAUAGAAUACUAGUAUGAUAAAGACCAAAGUAUUUCCUGCUAGCCCAAAGAUAAAAACGCAUGAAUACAUACAGGGCAGAAAGAUUCUUGUAAAUGUGUAAAAGUUGUCACUUCCAGUUUCAUUGGGAUCAAUGUCUGAGAAGUUAUAAAAGUUAUCAGCAUCUGUAGUUGUCAUAUUGCCUUCUUUUUAAAGGCAGCCUGUAAAGAGACACAUUGAAUUUUUUUUUACUUGGCAAAUAAUUAAAUCCUGAUGCAUCCAGGAAAUAGACAAAAUCCUAACUGUGAGCAAAUGAGAGAUGUGGUAAAACACCCACAACAGAUAAACAAAAACAAACAUAUAUUUGCUGGAAGACAAGUGUCUUCACAGUGAAGACCCAAAUACAACAGCUGUUGGAUUUGAGCACAUCAUUUGUUAGCAGAUUUACGCUGAUGGGGACUCAAAAGCAUAAAGGAGACAAUUACAAAGAUACUUCUGAAAACAUAAAAUAUGGAUUAAGCUUUCAAAUACAUCAGUCUUCUAGAGUGUUUGGAUCUAGGGAUUUUGGAGAAACUCAUAAAAAAAAUAGGAUUCGUUUUGCAAAAUUUAGCCUUGUGGCAAAGAUUGCAGACACCCUAAGCAUCUGAGUUGUUUGUAUUGUGCUUGGGUAAGACCUAUCUCUAGAAGUGAGGUUUGAAUCUUAGUAAGUGUGCUUUUUUGGGCUUGUGGUUCAUCCUGAGCAUGUUCUGCAGACAUUAGCUGCAUCAUCAGAUGGUGAUGCUUCUUCCUGUCUCCUUCUUAAGUGACUUACUAGAAACAUGGAGGAUUUUCAUGAAUGUCUCUUCCCUAUUUGAUUUUAAAUAGUCCGUUUCAAACAUUUGUACUGUUGUCAUAGAAGUGGCCACUUCAUUGUCAAAUCCUCUCCAUCAGUCACACCCUUUCUCUAGAGUUGAUGCAACACUACUGUGAACUCUCCAAGGCAGAAGAGCCUCUUUGCUGUCUUUGUCAGUACCUAUGAGUAACAACCAGAUUUGCAAAUAAAGGGCCUGACUACAUGUUGCUGCUGCUAUUCAUAGGAUUACAUUACUAUUUUUUGAUUCUGUUUGUGUUACCUGAAAGCUUGGCAAAUUUUUAUCGUAAAUAUUUUUUUCAUACCAGAGGUGCAUUGUCCAUUAUUUGUUUUUCAAAAAGCAGUUUAGUCAUAUGCUCGGAAGGCAGAAACUGUAUAAAAACCAGAAUACCAGGCUACAGUGAAACACCCCUCCUAAAGGGGACAGUGCCAGCAUGGGUAAAAGCAGAAAAGCCAGGCUCUUGCUGAGACGAUUCCUUGUCCGUUUAAACUCUCUUCUAAUCUGGCACAUCUGUGACUGCCUUGGAAAGUGCAUUUUGUAGUGUAGCCUGGCUAGUUGAGCUGAACAAUUUGUAGUCCCUGGUGUUAGCAAGCUGUUAAUCUUGUAAAUAAAAUCUUUUGCAAGAUAGUUUAAUGAGUUUUUCAAAUAUUUAGCCUAACAUCAGGUGUCUUCUCACUCGAACCACAAAGAGCAUGUUUCUGUCAGACUAAUCCAGCUACAAGAUAUCACUCAGCAUAAGAUUAGCAGAAUUCAGCCCUGAAUCAUUUGAUCCUUUGGAUGGGCUGACAGGCCUCUCCUGUAUGAGGUGUAAUGUACAGCAGAGUGAAUGUUACCAGAAAAAGUAGUUUCAGCUAUGGGGCCAAGAAACAAAGUCAAUGAAGUCUGUUAGUCACCAGAGAGGUAGUAUAAAACUGUGUGACCUGUUGAAAACUUACUGGCUUUUUAUACAAUCUUUUAUUUUUCAGUUCAAAUGACUGCCAAGCUCAAGAUCGAGAUAACCAGCAAAAGAAAGUUAGGCUUAACAAGGUGAAGACAACAUAUACUGAGACACAUGGAAGAGCUUUAUUCAGUUUACAUACUCUUUGUAGUAUGCUGUAGUCAGCUGAUAUUUCUUGCUUCUUUCUUGUAAAGAAAGGUGCUUUCCUCUGAGCUGAAACAAAGUAAUUCACCAUGUACUCAGUUAAAUAGUUUGAUGCCCUAACACCACCUUAGUAACCCUGCCAACCUAAUACAGUUAUUUCUGCUUUCCAAGCUACCUGGAAAUUAGCCUUUAGGAGAGUCUUCUUGACUUAUCUAGAAGUAUUUUUAAUACCUGCUUUCAAUUCGUAAUAGGUUUUUUUUUGCCAUAAUGAGAUGCAACAUUCACCAUCUGGACAGUCCAAGAAGCUGAAAACCUAACAAACUUCUUUUCAUGUUACAUUAAUGUUCUUUGUGGGAAUUUUCACAUUCAGGCAGUAAUACCCUAAUAUGGUUUUGGUGAAAGCAGAUGGGAAUUUUACUACUGAUUUACUGUGGAGGCCAGGCUAGGAUAAUAUUUGAACUGCAGAUAUGAAAGAUUUUUGUUUAUGUACAAAUGGUAGGCAGUGGCUUUUGAUAUUCUGGUUUCCCCCAUACGCUGCCUUUGUACUGACAUGAGCAGAUCUGUGUAUUGAUGGAGAACAGAUACUGUGGAAGGGAUCUUUCUCAGUUAAAAAUGGUUUUUAACAUGCCAUGCUCUUUACAUUUUUCAGUCGAGCUCUUGAACUCAGAUUGUGUGAGUCAUGUUUUAGCAGAGGCUGAUACUAUUGAACAGAUAGCAAAGGAUUGAGGGGAGCCCUUGAAGUGAACUUUUGCCUGAUAUUUUAAAAAUUUGUUACUUUCAUUUCAUGAAAAGGCCUUGAAGACCUUGCUGUUCUUUCUUUUUCUUAUUAUUCCUGUCCGGAUGUAAGCAUUUAAGUUCCUUCUCCUUCAGGAAAAAUGAGUCUCAAAUGCCUGGCUGAUUAAUAUGCCCUCUGCUAAAAAAAAAAAAAAAAAGAAAAAAAAAAGAAAAAGAAAAAAGUGUGCAUGAAAAUAGGUUAACAUUGCAGUCGAGGUGAAGCCAAAGUGGAAAUUUCUAAGCCAAAUCUCUUUUUUGCUAGAGAGCAAUGAGGAGCUGAGAAAGAGCUGCUAAAGCUGAAAACAUUUUUUAAUCUCGACCAUUGUGUUUCCUAUUAGCUGAAGUGACAGUUCGAGCUGUUCAGUAAGGCUCUCCUAAAGGCUGGUUCUUUGUUACGAGGCUGAGCUGUUUCUGGAUCAGUUCACCAUCUCUGCCGAGUAUUUUCAAGCUUUGCUACUGAAAAUGUGCUGCCGGUAUGUAUAAGCUGGUAUUGAAAUGAAAAAUGGAGGAGCAGAUCCUUACCUCGUGUAGGCCAGCCUAUCCAGUCCAAUAAAACACAGAUCAGUAAGCUUUUUUUCUUUUUUUCAGUGGAUGGUAACUUGUAAGAGAAAAAAAGACUAAUAAUUUAUGGGCUUUUUUUUAAAAAAAAAAAAAAAAAAAAAGAAUUUUUCAUUUAUUCAUGAUGCAUUGUUAUUAUCAUAGCUGAUAUUUUUUUCUAGGCAGAAACUCUUAAAGUAGCCUGUUACUUACACACCUAAAUUAGAAUCCGCAUUAUAUGUUGUCUCAGACUUCGAAGUUGCUAUGCCUUGUUGAUGGAGAUGUUUCAGUUUUCCCCAAAAGAGAGAAGAGUGGUCAUCUUUCUACUAGAAGUGAAGUAGUGGAGAAAGCAUUGUAUUAGAUAGAUAGGGAGGGAGAGGGAAGAAAAUUCCAUGGUCAUGAGGACAGAGAGCAGGAUGAGUUUAUUGCAGGGAAGUGUUGUUGCAGUCUGUUUGGACACAAUUGUGAGAGUAGCAAGUGGAGGAAGUGUUUGUUUAGGUUCUAAAAAGAUCUGAAAUUUUAAUUGAAGCUUACUUUGGAUGGGAGCAACAUCAUGGAUAGAAAAGUGAACUGAAGAGAGCUGUAUGAUGUCCAUUGUGUUAAUACAGAAUUUGUUUUGAGGUCUGGUUCUAUUACAGUUGACUUUCAGAUUAAAGAAAUAGAAAUGCAAACAAGUGAUGGAGAAUCAGAACGUGCUACUCUGAUUAUCCCUGGCAUAGAUAGCUUUACUCCUGUCACCAGAAGACGACUACUUAUUAUUUCUACCACUCUAGGCAUUUAAAGUACCUGGGACUGAGUAAGCCAGGAGCAUGUAGGCUCACUGUUAAAAGGGCUUUUUGCCAUUUGGUUUCAGUGAUCUAAUUUCUGUUGUUCUGGUCAGCUAUCCUGCUUUAGUAGCUGCGUCUGAAAAGCUGGGUGUAAAGAACAGUAUUGAUCUUCCUAGUUUAUCCUUUCUUUUUUUUCCACAGGGUUCCAAACAGAAUAGCCAAUAUAGACCACUUUUUAAAUAAAUCAAAAUAAAAAGUAAUUUUAGCAUAUAAUACCAAUAAAUAAAAUGAUUCCCCAUGACUAUAACAAUAGACUGUAAACAGAAAAAUGGUUAAAUAAUGCUUGUCAGCAUCAUGUGAUGUGCCUUGCUUAAAAAUUAUCCAUUUUCACUACAACAGGUUUUGAAGAUUUUAAUCGGAAAAGGGAAAUUUGUCUCAUAUACAUUUUUGUUGGGAGAAGAGGUUUUCGAGUAAAUACCAGUCGGAAAAACAGAUUUUUGAGCAUAAAGAGAAAGGAGGAGAUAAUUAACCUCUGAGUUCCAGAUAUCAAAAAAUUUUCUCUAAAAGACUUAAAUGUAAACUAAAGAACUCCUGCAGUACCAGGACAUCCAGAAAGAUUUAAUAACAAAGCUAAUGGCAAGCACAGCGUCUUUGCUAGUUUGAACAAAAAAUGUACCAUUCUGUUAAAUUUUGCACCUCAGGAUGGAGGCUAUCUAUGAUACUAACAAAAUCUUUCAAGUUUGUGUGUUUUUAAAUCUUACAUCUUUUUCUUACCCUCUGCUUAUUCACCUAAAGUCAAGAAAACAGUCACUUACUAGACGAUGUCACAUCCUGGGGGAAUGCAGCCGUCUGUCUUUCAGAGGAAAUCUGAAAGCAGCAGCUUGCUUCAUUUAUCUGUGCUGAAGCCCGUGCUGUUUCGUCACGACUUUUGUAGUUGUUGAUCAAAACAAUGUGAUGUGAAAUUACUCCUCUGUUUUGAUAUACAUUCUUGAGUGAUGCUGCUACAGAAAUGAGAGUACAAAGAAGCCGUGCCCUCAUGAUCUGGUGGAAAGUAUCUGUGUUUCAUUUGCACGUGUCCAUUUUACUGAAAUGACCAGAAUCAAAUUGAUUUAUUUUUUGAAAAAUUAUUUGCAGAAUUAAAAAUUAAUCUGUAUCUACCACUUACCUUUUUUUAACCACUCAUGCAUGUUUUGUGACAGCUAUUGGAGAAUACUGGGGGUUUUUUUAUUUUUUUUUCUAGUUCUUCUGUUUCUUCUGGUGGAAAAAUAUUUUAGUGACAGUUUUCUCUCAGGUUUUAUUUUUCUCUAUCCGAGAGGAGCACAACAUAGAUGGCUAGAAAUAUGUUGUGCUGGUGGCUGUCCCCAAAUGAGUUUUUGAUUGGUCCUAGUGAAAGUUAGUGUGUGCGCGCUAGAUUUUAUUUCAGAGACAGCAAAAGAAGCUGGGAAGGCCUCCAUAUAUUUAAAAAGUUUCCUAGAUUUGUUUAUCAGCAGUGCUUGCUCCCUGAGUGAGCCUCACUCCUCAUGAUAUCCUUGGGAGACUCCUCUUCAGGAGCAGGGGUUGGGGAAGAAAGUAGUAGCCUUUCUAAUGCACAGAUUUGGAAAGAGAGGACGACAGCGCUCACAGCAGCUAGCCCAUGCAGUUAGAUCUUUGCAGAGGCCAAUGAUACGGUUGCUCAAGUGCUUCUGCAGCGCAAUCCCAUAGAGCCAUACACUUACAGAUAUACCUCUGAGGACUUGAAUUUGAUACUUGCAAAUGUGUAUAAAAGACAAACAACAAAUCUGACUUAACAAAUCUGAACUUUAUGGAUCAUCUCCUGAAAGAAGACUAUUUGCACAAUACAUGCGUGGCCCCAUAAUGCUGUUUAAAAUCAUGUUUAGUUCCCCCUUGCUUAGCAAUUGCUAAUGCUUAACAUUAGCAAUUCCUCUGUCUCAGAGAAACAAACCUGCCUCAGGGCUCUAAAUAUACACACAGUGCUCCCAUCAAAAAGGGGAAGAAUAGGCUAUAACACCGACCUGGGAUUUAUCAGUUAUUUUCAGUUGCAGGAUAGGGUGUGAAUGCAAUGAAGCAGUGGCUAAGCAAUGUGGUAACAUUUGUACCUAUGUAACGGUGUGACUGUCCCAGUCCGCCUUGAGAAAACAAAAGGUUCCCACCAUGUUGUAGAGGGCCAACAGUCAGCCCCCUCUGCUAACCAGGCCCACUGAAAUGCCUUCAAAACAGUAUUCAGGGUCCCUUUUGAAACGCCUUAAUUGGGCACUUAGGGAGACAUGGUUUGAGCUAGUCUGUCAACUUAGUUCACAGUAAUCUUGUUGAACCUGGUGGCUCCAGAACAAGCAGAGGUAUUCCCUUCUCAGACUGUGUGUGCGGAGGUGGCCUUCCCUGGAGAGCAGGGCUUCCCUGCCUCUGCUCGCCCUAAGCCAUACAUGAGGCACCUGGGAUCAGUCAUGCCUUUCCAUGUAACUGCUAAUAAACCCAUUACUGAAGAAGAAUGCAAUAUCAGCAUAAUAUCCAACCUCUUAGCAUGCAUUGGGAAUGGAAAGAAACUCAGAGAUGCUGUAUUUCAGCCAGUUAGCCUAACUAUAAUUUGACCCGUUUCCCCCUUUGUUUCAUAAACUGUGUUUCCAUAAAGUAUUUUUGAUUGCCUGCUCUAAGACACCCCUCUCCAGGUAAAAAGCAUGGGAUAGGUGAGGGCUGCCGCCGUGUGCGCCUGCAUGCUUGCAGCUCUGUGAAACCACAUGAGCUUCAUGGGUUUGCCUGUGGGAUACCCUUGCAUGACUGAAUUAUCACUGUAACCCAGGAAUUUCAGUAGAGCUACAGUUGAGUUGCAGGAGAUGAUCUCAGGGAGAGGACAGUAGAAGUGGCUGCUGCAGAGGGAUCGGUCGUUGUGAAUAUCGUUGAGUUGUGCCAUCAUGAAGUCCCCACGUGGUAGCUACCCCAUACCCAGUGCACCUGCGAGCCCCAGGGAUGGAGCAGCUGCCACAGAGGCCCUGGCUGGGCAGCAGCUCUGCCACGAGAGCCUGGGGGCAGCAGGGUGAACCUGGGCAGCAGGCCCUGGCAGCCACCCCUCCUGUACCUCUCCCAUAUUUCUGUUUCAGUGGUACUGUCAUGUUCUCCAGAGACCUGGGUGAGGAGAAAAUUCAAAAGUGUCACAGAGAGAUCAGCUCAUUUUUAGGAGCACAUACCUCUCAACUGAAGUCAGCUGGAAUUACACAUAGAGCUGGCUGUGAUCUCAGUGACUGUACAAUAUUUAAGAUCUUUUGGGGCAGAGGCUUGUCAAUAUUUCGAGUGCUGAUUGUGGUGGCUGUCUGUUUGCUGCCUCCUACUGGGGAAGGGAAUCAGAGGCACCCUGAUAGAAACCCCCAAGUUGCUUGUUUUGAAACCUGUUAUCUUAACCUCUGGAGAGUGCUGCAUUUGAUUGACAGUUGAAAGUUGUCUUCAUCUCAGGGCCUUUCCUAAACCUCUUCCAUAAUCACAAUACCUACUAAAAAAAACUCAAAAAAUUUUGUGUUCUGGCACUUGGUGCACAGAGAUUGUCUGUUGUGACUGAUGGUUUCCUAAGCUUUCUCUGUAUGCACCAGCUGCCCGUGGUCUUACAGAGAGAUUGCAAGCAAUUUUAAGGUAGGGACAGCUUUUUGGUUUGACCACACAUGAUGUAGUAUAGUUAAAUCCUACAAUUUUACUGAGAAAUAGCUGGGAUUUCCCAAGUACCAAUAUGAGGAUCACCCACCACUCAUACUAGAGGCUCCUCCUGCCCGUCCCUUCUUUUUCAUCGGGUGUCUGCAGGACACUUUCCAUCCUCGCUCACAUCAGGGUCUGUCUGAGACCCUUCCAUUCCCCUCCACCCAUACCUACAUCUUCAUACAAGAUACUCGUUUGUACCCUGUUACGAACUCAGUGAGCUCUGUAUUCCCCCGCUCCAUCCCAAAUCAUGCUUCUCUUCCUGCCCAUCCCAAGGGCUGGCUGUACAUCCUGUCUUCUGAUCCUCCACUGCUCUUUCCUUUUUCUGUUCAUGGGGUGGGGAGGAGGAGGGUAACCGAUUUGGGGUAUCUGGGAUGGGUCUGACCUGAUAGGUAACAGGAGGGCCCAAGGUAACAUGAGCGCAUUCCAGCAUAACUCCUUUGACUGUUUCUUGGCCUUAGAGACAUUUGCAGAGGUGCUUGCUGGGCUAAGCAGCUGUCAGGGGCUCCAUAUUGCCUCCAGGCUCCAUUCCAAGUUUCCAGCUGUCACAAAAUUUCAGUAUGGUUCUGACCCUGGAGGGCUGAAGUUCUGUUCAAAAAUGUUUGUGCUACUAGCAGCCAGACAGCUUAUGAGCUUUCAGUGCUCAGCCCGUUGAAGCCAGCAUCUCAGACACGGCUAAGGCAGUCUGAGCUCAGGUGCUUGUGAAAAAAAAAAAUGGCAGAGAGCAAAGUUGAACCAGCUUUUUUCGGGUAUGAAUUCUUAAAGGGACUUCUUAUUUCUAACUCCUAAAGCCUCUCAUGCUGUUGAUUAUCAUAUUUUUAGUAUUGUUUGCAAGAAAUGCUUUCCAUGUAUAAGAACAGCCAGGCUGGGGCAGGCCAUCCAGCUGACGGACAGUGACUGACAGCAGGUGUCUGGCAAAGAGCACAAGAACAGGACAAGCAUGAAGUGAUAGUUCUUCAGAAUGCUCUUCCAGCCUCCAGCAAUCUGUGCCUCGAGGACUUGCUGAACCAGAAGUGUUCUCUUCUUGUCAUAGUGUGUUUUUCAGUUCUUCCUGCUUCAGUUCUUCCUGCUUCUGGCACUCUCAUGGUCUCUUCAUUUCAUUUAAACCAAAAAAAAAAAAAAAAAGAAGAGAAAGAGUCUGGAUUUUAUUAUUAUAUUAGAUUAUUAUAUUAUAAUUAGAUUAUUUUAUAUAUAGUAUAAUUAUAUUAUUAUUAUAUUAUUAUAUUAGCUGUACCUGAGAUGUAUAUAAUGGUGUAUAUGUAUCGGCUAGGGACCUUGCAAGCCAUAAGAGCAUGCUUAAUGCUCCACAGACUGCCACCUAGCGUGAACAGAUCAUACAAGAAUAAAUUCGCCUGUCAGCUGGACUCAAGAACUCCAGUCAAAUCACCAGGCUGUUUCUUGUGCUUUUUACAUGUGCUUCCAGACAUCAGUUUAGACCAGCUGACUGAAUGGAAUAUCAUAAAGAGAAGGAAGAUUUGUUCUAUUAUUGUAAUGCACUUGGGUUUAAGAGACAAAGUAGGCACUUAGCAUUCCCUUAGCCUAGAGCGAGCAGGUGCAUUGAAUUUGCUGGUUAGGGCAGCAAGUGGCAAACUGAAGGGGGAGUCCAAUAUAAGAAUGUGUUGGGUAGCAGCAGCAGGAAUAAAAAACCACUUGUGUUAGAGCAGAGCAUGGACUAUGUGUUAGUCCUGGGUUUAAUUUAUAUUUCAGUCCCAAUAUAUUUUUAUAUAUGGUCCCAAAAGAAAGGUGAAAUUAAUGGAUUAAUUAUGGAACUAAUAGCAUUGCAUAAUAAAUCAUGGAGUUUGUCUCUUCUCCACGGUCUUGUAGGUCUCUUGAUCUGUAGGAAACUGUGAAAUUAAGGCUGUGAAAUUAAGGCUAUAUGCCUAUCGUGAUGGGAAGGGAGAGUUUUGUGGAUCACAGCAUGAAGUCUAUCACAGUUCACACUGGCUGUGCAAACAAAACAUAUGCAGGUUUAUAAGCUAUAUUUUAUUAGUUUUCUUAUCUAGUUUUAUAAAGGUAGGUAGUUAAUAAUUAGCAAAUUAUUUGUAUCAGUUCCUAAAUAUUUGCAUAAAUGUUCUGUUAAUCAACCCUAUGUACAAACGUACUAUGUCAUUCCAGCAUUUCACUGGGCAAGGGAUGUUUUGUUAUGGCUCAGGUUUGGGCUCCCAGUUACAGAUCUGUGCCUUUCUUGUAGCUCACAGCUUAGGGUACUAACAAUAGUGGUAUGACUUUGCAGAAGUCAAAAGUUGUCCAAGAAGCUACAGGAAUAAGAGAACAUGAAAUCCACAGAUAAUAGUGCUUUAUAGGUUUGGGAAGCAUGCAUAGACAGUGGGUGUUUGUGGUUUAAUUUGCGGUCAGAACAGUAAAUUCUUCCUGGUUUCAACCAAAAGUGUUACCCCACAAAACUUGCGCAUGGCUGCGUGUGCUGGCACAGCAUGUUCAGACUCUAUUAAUGACCAACAGAAGCGGCUGUUACCUAGACAUGUUUUCUCAUGCUCUUCUACUCAGCAGUGCUGCUUGUAGAGCAAGGUCCUUUAGAGUUGAAAAGAAAUGAUAAACUUUGCAUUGGUUUUGAGAGUCGGUCUACAGAAUGCUUAAGAGUUAUACCCUUGCUGCAUGAUUACACUUGAUGCUUCAAAAGCAUAUAUAAGUGAUAAUACGUUUUCUUAGAUCCCACUGGCUUUUGGAAGGAACUAACUGAUUGGUUCCCUGUAUAUACCGAGUCCUUGAAAUUUUUCUGGGAGAAUGACAGCCUGAUUGUCUCAGUUACCAACAUGCUGAGAUGCAGAGAAACCAAGUAAAUAUCACUUAGAGAAGCACUAACUAACUUACUUGGAAACUCUGAGCAUUCGUUCACUAACUCUCAAGCUCAUUUCUCCUCUCUGCAGCCUACCUCUCUGUGCACCAGCACUGUAAUCGGUAGUUGGUGCUACUUCACUGCGCCCCCAGAGUUUUCACCCCUUUCAAGGCAGGGAGUGGAUGGGAGGUUCUUCCAUUUACUUCUUUCAAUCUCCUGGACACAUGAUGGUGGGGAGGAGGCAUGUGGCUUUCUCAUCCUGUAACAGUUUCUGCAGUGUACUCCUGUUUGAAUCAUCCAGUAUUUCUCAUAUGAACAGAAGAUACAUAAUAGUGAUUCUACAGCCAUAAUACGUAUUUUGAGUACUACUGUCAGAAUAAGGAACCGGACAAUAUAUUUAUAAAGCACCUCAUAGAUCAAAUCCAGGACCAGUGUCACAUCCCUGUGUGGAUUUUUUGUUAGAGAAGAAUCCAGACUGUGUUUCUUGUGUCUGCCCUCCAUCAAGAUUUCUGCCUAUCAGGAAAGCUUUAAAACCAUGCAGCAUCUCAAUAGGGGGUUCAUUUCAAGACUAUUGAAGAGAUGUUCUGGAUGUAUGUAUUCCCCUUUGCUCAUGAAACCGGAAUAAGAGCUGUUUUAUAUAUUUGCACAGCAGUUAGCAGAACGGAGCUGCAGUUUUGCCCAGGGCAAUUUCAUCACUAGAACAUAUAAAAUAAAAAUUCUAGAAUUUGGCAUCGUGGCUACCAAAACAUUUCUAUUUUGAGAAGACAUCAGCAAACAGACAAUGUUUGAUCACAUACUACCCAGAGAAUAACAGCUUUCCUUUUCUCUUGUCCUAGAAGCACAUGUAAUUCUUCAACCUUUGAUGAAUCAGAAGAGUGGCAAGUUGCUCAAGAUGCUGAGAUAUGCUUGUUGAAGUCAGGAGAAAUCAUG